UAAAAAGUCGUUAAUUUUACAACCUUUUGGAAGUGAUAAAACAAUUUGUUAUUGAUAAAUUAUACAAAAAUCAAAAGGAAGCAUUCAACAAUAAACAACUAUUUAUCCAUGGUUUGUGUCAUUAAUAAGAAGCUCAGUAGAUGUCGUGAAUCGGCAAUAAACCGCGGGAAACGAAUUUAAAAGAUUGGUAUGAAUAGUAAUGAUUCCGAUCCGAAUGUGUCUCCAAAAAAUUCUUCACCACCAGAAGAGGGGGAGGAAGAAGAAGAUUUAUUCUAUUUUGAAUCGGAUCAUUUGGCCAUCAAGGGAAAUAAAGAUUACAGCGAAAUUUUAAAAACACUUUUUGUAUUGGAAGCACAAAGGGAAAGAGCUAUAAAAGAUUAUGAGAAAGUUGUAGAAAUUCAAAAACAAGCGCUAAGCGACCCAUUGCCUUUUAUUGAGAAAAUAAAAAAUAAAGAAGACGUUGGAAUACCCCCUUUUCAAAGAAUAGUAGAAGUUCCAGUUAUUGACUGGAGUAAGUUUGAUGUUCAAAUACCAGAAGCUGCACUGAAAUGUUUAAAUAGCAAGGAUAAUUCUAAAGGGAACUUGAAAUCUGAAGAUAAUAUUUAUAAAAGUAGAAAGUCAUCAGAUACUCAUAAAAAGCCUUGGACCACAGAAGAACAGAAACGUUUAGAGGAACUUUUAGAAAUAUAUCCUCCUGAAAGCGUGGAAUUGCGAAGAUUUAAAAAAAUAGCUGCAGCUCUAGGAAAUCGUACUGUUAAACAAGUAACAAGUAGGGUACAAAAAUAUUUUCUCAAAUUAUACAAAGCGGGACUUCCUAUACCUGGUCGCAUUCCAAAAUCUGCAGAAAAAUAUAAAAAAUCUAAACUUCAUUUGCACCAAAGAAAUAAUCAUUAUUUAUGGAAACCUUCCACGUUUUUUCCUCAUUUAGACAUUCCAGUAAAAAUGAACGAUUUCGAAGAAGUUCCGGGCCCCAGUAUAAGUCAUAAGGCUGUUUUAGAGUCGUCCAAUUCUUCGAAUUAUUUGCUUCCAAAACCUGAUGAAUUUGGAAGUUCUGAAUAUUCAAUUCAACAUUCAAAUGAUACCACAGAAUACAAAUUGAAGUUAUUAAAGCGUGUUAAAGGCAUAAAAGAAAAGGAACUUAAUUUGUGUGUCUCUUUUUCCCAUUUUGGCUACAAGUGUGAUUUUUGUAACGAGGAACCUAUCAAGGGAACAAGAUGGCAUUGUAUAACUUGCGUUCAUGAAUCCGUGGAUUUUUGUACUGAUUGUGUGGUCGCCCAAAUGUAUUCAGAUCAACCCCAUUCAUUUACUCAUCGACUAGAGCCCGAUUUUGGUGAACUUUCCCAUGAAAAUAUGAGUUUCAAUAAUUCAAACACAAACGCUUUAUGUAAUAAUAAUAACGAUUAUAGGACUUCGGACUCUGAUAAAAGUGAAUCUUCGUCUGAUUCGGACAGUGAUAGCGCUAGUGUCCAUGAAGGUGAAGUGACUAUAAACGGUAAAGAAGGACUGUCCGAUAAUCAAAAUUCGCAUGAAAAUUAUUUUAAUAAAGCGCUGGCGAAUUCCAAAAUGAGCGCAAAAAAUAAUUUUGGGGAAAAAUCAAAGAUUAUGAGUUUUAGUACUGGAUUUACUAAUAAUUCCAUGGAAAGUAACGACACAAGUGACUCACAAUCUUUUACCGAUACACAAAGUGUUUCGUAUGAAUAUUUACGAUCAAAUUUGGAAUUCGACAGUAAUAACUAAUUUACAUUUUAUUAUUUUAUUUUCUUUAUGCAAUUUUGCAAGGGAUUUACACAAUAAAGUAAAUAUUGAUUCUUUUA